CUGAAGGGGCGUAUUUUUCAAGCCAUCUUGACUGAAUAUUUAGCCUCAUCCAAGGUCCAUUAAUUCGAUAUCUUCGGGAUUUUGCUGCCCACAAGUUGACCACCGGCAUCAUUUGAAAGGUGGAAAUCACAGCCAUGACACCGACUCGACUCCGGGUGUGUGGCCGGAGUCAAGGCGGAGGAGUGGGGCGCUGAAGAUGACGCCGUCGCUCCCGAAAUGACCGGCUAGCUAAGCUAACGGCUAGCAUGUCCGCCUCGGCUGUCGCGUCUCUCUAGCUGACAUUAAGCUAAGUGCAGGAGUUCACUUCGCCACUCGCACCGCCGAGGACCGUGUCACAAGGGAGCUGGUGUAAACUCCCAUGCGGAAGGUGAGCCGGUGGGAAUGUGAGACAGUUGUUCGCGGACUCAACAUGGGUAGGGGUCGAGGUAGAGGGAGAGGAAGGGGCAGGGGGUCGUCUGUCCAGCUACGACCCCCCUCGCCCUACAGACUGCAGCUCUCUCCAUCCAGGGAGACUUUGACAUAUGCUCAGGCUCAGAAAAUAGUGGAGGUGGACCUAGAAGGGAGACUCCAUCGGAUUCACAUCACAGAUCCUCUGCCAGUUAUAACCGAGGAUGAGAUGACAGCCCAGGACAUUACUGAGUGCAACAGUAAUAAGGAGAACAGUGAGCAAAUGCAGAGUAAAACCAGGUCAUGGAAGAAACCCUCAAACAGUAAGAGCAAGAAGAGCGGUAAAAAUACAACUCACCAGAACCAACGGUCUGGCUCCCAGCAGCACACAGGAGCUACCAAUUCCCUCCAGCACCCAUCCAACCAAAGCCCUCUACCUGAGCCCACCUUCCGUGUGCUGAGUUCAGUUAACCCCUCGGAGGCACCUCCUCUCCCAGCAGCGUAUUACCGUUUCAUAGAGAAGUCAUUAGAGGAACAGGACAGUGUGGCUGAGUAUGACAUGGACGAGGAAGACCUGGCCUGGUUGGAGAUGGUGAACCAAAAGAGGGUGUGUGACGGUCACGCCUCAGUACCUCCAGAUACGUUUGAGCUGCUGAUCGACCGUCUGGAGAGGGAGUCAAUCCUGGAGUCCCGCAACCAAGCUCUGUCCCAGAGUGCAGUUGAUGAGGAUGCCUUCUGCUGCGUCUGCCUGGAUGACGAGUGUCUCAACAGUAACGUCAUCCUGUUCUGUGACAUCUGCAACUUGGCCGUCCACCAGGAGUGUUACGGUGUGCCCUACGUACCAGAAGGCCAGUGGCUGUGCCGCUGCUGCCUGCAGUCCCCUUCCCGUCCUGUAGACUGUGUGCUCUGUCCCAACCGAGGAGGUGCCUUCAAACAGACGAGUGAUGGGCGUUGGGCCCACGUUGUCUGUGCCAUAUGGAUCCCAGAGGUGUGCUUUGCCAACACAGUGUUUUUAGAGCCUGUUGAGGGUGUCAAAAACAUCCCUACUGCUCGCUGGAAGCUCACCUGCUAUCUGUGCAAGCAGAAAGGCAGAGGAGCGUCCAUUCAGUGCCACAAAGCCAACUGUUACAGGGCCUUUCACGUUACCUGUGCCCAGAAGGCCGGCCUCUUUAUGAAAAUAGACCCAGUCCGUGAGACGGGCAUCAAUGGUACCACCUUCUCUGUGAAGAAGACUGCUUUCUGUGAGCAUCACUCGCCCGUCGGGUUUCGGCGGGAUGGGUCAGGAGACGAGUCGGUUGAAGGAAGACUGGUGGGGGGCCGAGGGAACCGGGGUCAAAGGUCAUAUACUCAGAGCCCCCCGUCACCGACGAACAAGAAGGCUACCAAAGGCCAGAAGAAGAAGAAUACAAAAAAGUCUGGUCGGUCAACACGUCGCUCAAAUGUGCCUGUGCUGCUCGUGCCUCAGAUCCCUUCUCACAGACUGAACAAGAUCUGCACAGGAGUUGAAGUCCAGAGAAAGAAUCAGUUCAUGCAGAGGCUUCAUAACUACUGGUUACUGAAACGUCAGUCGCGGAAUGGGAUGCCUUUAAUACGCCGACUUCACUCUCAUCUGCAGACCCAGAAGACAACAGAACAGAGGGAGCCUGACGAAAAGCUGUCUGCUGCAAGAGAGGAGCUUCGAUACUGGCAAAAGUUGAGGCAGGACCUGGAAAGAGCCAGACUUCUGGUGGAGCUGAUUCGCAAGAGAGAGAGGCUAAAGAGAGAACAGAUGAAAAUUCAGCAGGCUGCCCUUGAGCUGAAGUUGACCCCAGCGCUGAUGCUUCUCAGAUCCACCUUGGACCAACUGCAAGAGAAGGACACAGACAAAAUCUUCUCUCAGCCCGUUAAUCUUUCAGAGGUCCCAGAUUACUUGGAGUUUGUUUCCCAACCCAUGGACUUCUCCACCAUGCGCACCAAACUGGAGGGACACGGCUACUGCUCCAUCACGGACCUGGAGAGGGACUUUGAACUCAUGAUUUCAAACUGCCUCAAGUACAACUCCAAGGACACCAUGUUUCACAAGACGGCUUUACAGCUGCGGGAGGUGGGCGGAGCUGUCCUCCGCCACGCCCACAGGCAGUCUCAGAGUAUUGGUCUCGACCCCAACACUGGCAUGCAUCUCCCAGAGGCGCCAAACAAACAUGGCUUCUACCACUGUACGUGGGAUGAUGUGGACCCUCUCCUGGACCCAGAGAACCGACUGCACUUAAGCACAGACGAGCAGCUAAAGGCCUUGCUGGACAAACUCGACAUGGUUACAUCCAUGCGUACCAGCGGUGGCCGAACCAAACGAAUCAGGCUGCUGCGCCGAGAGAUCAACACUCUCAGACAGAAAAUGAACCAGCAGCAAAACACUCAGUGUGUGAAUGGUAAUAACAAGGAGGAGGACGUACCAGAUGAAGAGGAGGAGGAGGAGGAGGUGGAGGAGAAAGAAAAGAAAUCAGAGAAGACGGAUAUUGUGGAUAAUGGACAUUUGACCACAGUGUCAAACUCUGGGAAUGAUGACUCUCCACCUGUGCUAGAACUUACUUGCCCGGUGUCAUCACCACUGCCGGGAGAUGCUCCUCUCGAGCCUCCUGUACUGGGAAUUGUAACUGGAGGGCGAAGGUCACCCGGACGCUCCUUCAAGCGUCAGAGGUCAUCCCGCAGUGGGAGCAAAAGCCAAGGUGAAGACGAGGCUGAGGUCGGUGAAACGCCAUCUUCACAACAAGAAGCCGUUCACGAGGCUACGCCACUGGGAUCACCCCCAACUCUACCUUUGGCUGGAGUUGGUCGUCGUACAUCUGUUUUGUUCAAGAAAGCUAAAAAUGGGGCACGGAUGGCGAAGAACAAGUCCCCGCUGCAGCAGAAUGGGAAAACAGCUGACAGUCAAACCAAUGGCCUGGAGAGCACCUCUGCUAGUCCAAAAUCACCCAGUGUGACAAACAUCACUGCUUUACCUCCCACUCCAAACCCCUCUCCUGCACCUCCCUCUCCCUCUGCGCACCACCUGAGGUCCAGAGGCUUCAGCCCAGAGACAGAAGCAGACAAACUCCCUCCACCACCCAAAGAAGCAGGUCUCACAAAUGGAAAACACAUUUCUGCAGACCAUGAUGAUGACGACCAAAAAUUAAACUGUAGUGUCUCCCCACCCAAACGUAGUCGGGGUAAACCUGCACUGGCUAAAGUCCCGAGCAGUGAGAAUGGAGACAUCUCUGGGUCUGGAAAGUCUACACUUCUGUCUUUAGAUAGUGAGACAGAGCUCGCACCACUGGACCUAGUUUGGGCCAAAUGCAGAGGAUAUCCGUCAUAUCCAGCAAUGAUUGUCGACCCUGACAUGCCGCAGGAAGGGCUUCUUCACAAUGGCAUCCCCAUUCCAGUGCCUCCUGUGGAGGUGCUUAAACUGGGUGAGUGGAGACAAACGGAGGAAGGCGAGAAGCUUUUCUUGGUGCUCUUCUUCGACACCAAAAGAACUUGGCAAUGGCUCCCUCGUGACAAACUACUGCCGCUGGGGAUGGAUGACACUGUAGACAAGUUGCGCUUAAUGGAAGGCAAGAAACCCAGUGUUCGCAAGUCUGUACACACUGCGUAUGACCGGGCCAUAGUACAUUUAAACCAUGUGAGAGGAAAUCUUAACUUCACUCCCUCCAAUUUUAUAUGAAUUUUAUCUGAAACAUUUUUAUCAUCUUAAACAGGCUGCCUGGUUAUACAUUUAGAAGCUUCAUCAGUGCUCUUAAAGGGUGAGAAAGUCAAUUAUCAACAGUUUCAACAACAGUUUUUGGUAUUUGAAGGUUUUCUGUAUAAAACUGAUGCUCUGGUUUUUAAAAUGGAGAGAAAAAGUGCUUGAACACAUUUUGUAGAUGAAAUUGUUGGUUUAUUCACUUUUUUUUUUUUAAAGGUUUUACACAACCACUGUUGCUAUGUGUUCAUAUAAAGUUUUUAUUUUAGGCCAAAGUGAGUCAAGAGAAGUGUAAAUAUUUACUCAUCAAAGGGAUUGUCUAGAUUCAAUAUGUAUUUAGAUUGUACUUGCCAUAGAAAUGUCACUGUGUUUAUUGAAGAGUGAAAGUCCCACUUUAUAUUCACGUCAUAUCUGGACUCUAUGGAUGAAAUGUUAAAGGUUUGUUGUCUAAGUGGUACUGAAAAAUAAUUUAAGAUAAUAUUUAAUAUUGUUAUUAUUUUUCAAAUUGAUGCAAAAAGCAGGAAACUUAACGAAACUAUUGUUUAGGUUACACUCUCAAAAACAAUUAUACUGUAUGAAGGUAACUUGUAAGGAAGGCAAGUUCCCUUAAAAUGAUCAUUACAAUGACAAGCUCUUCAGAAAAUAGGUUAGAGGUGAAAUCUUUCAAAGUUGACUCUACAUGUGUCCGUCUGUAGUGCUUCUGUCUCUUCUAUUAUCUUUUUACCCCCUUAUGUUAAAGGUACAGUGUGUAGAAUUUAGUGAUAUCUAGUGUUGAAGUUGCAUGUUGCAGCUGAACACCCCUCACCUCACCCUCUCCUUCCAAACAU